AUGGCCACUGAGCUCGGAAGUGGGGGAGAGCCAGAUCAGAGGCUAAAUAUGGCACUUGGACAGUAUGAAACAGAUGAGAUUUUGAGAGUUAAUGCUGAGCAGAAAAAUGCCCCUGGUGGUGAUGGCAUAUCAGGAUCCAGGAUGAUGGACCAAAGCUUGUCAACUCUAAUCACAGAGUAUGAUAAACACUUGGAAGAAAUGAGAGAACAGCUGCAGCUUUAUCAGGCACAAAUGAGCAAGAUGAGACUGAAAUUUGAACAAGUCACCAAGGAAAAUGAAAGGCUGCAUGCAGAGUUGAAAGAGACUCUUGAGAAGCAACUGGAGGCUCUUCCUUUCAUGCCUCUGGGAAUUGAUAUGCCUGCAGAUGAAAGCAUAGUAAGAAACCUUCAAGAACAACUGCAACUGACAAAUCAAGAAAAAGACCAAGCAAUAGAGCUCUGGCAGACUGUAUUACAGGAGCAUGAUCGACUCCAGCAGCAGUACCAAGAACGCAUGACUGAAACGCAGAUUCACGUGGCUGAAAGGCAAAAGCAGAAAGAUCAACUGACUGGCUUUCAACAGUUGACUCGGCAACUGCAUAUAGCCAAUGAGAAAAUAGAGUUGAGCAAUCAACAGUUUCUGAAAACUGUAACAGAACAGAACGUGGAACUAGAGCAGCUACGAAAACAACUGAGGCAAGCCAAAAUCAAUGGGCGGACAGCAAAUGCUAAGGUUGAUGAAAUGACCAGAUUGACAGAGAAACUUCAAGGCCAAUUGGAGAGAAAGGAAGAAGAUGUGGUAUCUGCCCAGCAAAGAGAAACAGCAUCUGACAAACGCUUGCAGCAAAUGCAGUCUAGUAUAAAACAAUUAGAAACAAGAUUACGUGUUACUGCCCAAGACGCUGAACAGCUGAGAACAGAAAGAACAGGCCUGGAGAAUCAAAUCAGAGAGCUUCAGACAAAGUAUGCUAAUCUAGAAAGGGAGAAGUACGAUGCUGUUGCAAAAGUGCAGGAUUGCAUACAGCUUUUAGAAGAAGCUAACCUACAAAAAAGUCAGGCACUCUUUGGGGAGAAACAAAAGGAAGAGGAACUAAAAAACAUGAAAGAUGAAAUGUCUCAACUUGCAGAAGAUACUGCUGCAAGAAUUAGAAAGGCAGUGGACUCUGCAAAGAAGCAAUAUAAUGUGCAGAUUUCUCGACUAACAGAAGAACUUUCAGCUCUGCAGAUGGAAUGUGGAGAAAAACAGGGUCAAAUUGAACGAACCAUUAGAGAAAAGAGAGCAGUGGAAGAAGAACUUGAAAAGGUUUACAGGGAAGACAGAGGACAUGAAUCUGACAAUAGAAAACUAGAGCAAUUGCAUCAGAAAUAUUUACUUGCAGAAACUACAAAAGGUGACCUUCAGCUAAGUCUACAGACAACACAAAAUAAACUGAAACAACUGGAAAUGAACUCUGAGGAAGAGAUAUCUCGAUGCCAGGAAGUUAUCCGUAAAUUGCAAAGCAUUCUGGAUUCAGAAAGAGAGAAGACUGCCUUUGUCAGUGAACAAAGGCUAAAACUUCAGCAAGAGAAUGAACAAUUGCAAAAAGAAAUGGAGGGCUUGAGAAAAUUGGCCGUAGAGGCUCAACAAAAAGCUAAAAUAAAGAUAAGCACAAUGGAACAUGAGCAUGCUGUGAAAGAACAUGGGUAUGAAGCUCGACUUAAAGAAAUGGAAGACACCAGUCAGAAAUCUACUGCUGAACUUAGACGUCUGUUGGUAGCUCAGCAAAAAGCAACAAACCGAUGGAAGGAAGAAACAAAAAAUCUUACUGAAAGUACAGAAGCCAGGAUUAGUAAGCUCAAAAGUGAGCUGAGUCAAGAAAAACUUCGUAGCCAGGAGCUCAUUUCUCAGCUGGAAAUGGCAAAUGAAAAGGUAACCGAGGAUGAAAAAUUAAUGAUGGAAUAUCGAGAAUACAUCAGUAGGCUUCAAAGGCGACUGAGCCAGGCAGAACAGAGGGCAGCUACAGCAUCUCAAAAGCUCAGCCUGAUAACUACACAGAAGAAAAAAGCCGCUUCCCUGAAGGAUCUGGAAAAUAUUUAA